AGUGUAAUGAUUAUUGCACUACGACUCGUUCUGCCAUCAUGAAACCACCAGAAACUAACGAUCCUGUCAUUCGACAGAUGUGUCUCGCUUCACUUCAUAAAACGUGCAUGUAAAGUGUGCAGCGUGGUAGCAACGGCAAAUUGAUUGUGUUACCCUCGGUUUUCGUGCAUAUGGCAAAUUUUCCUCUAAAUAAUUUAAUUGAGUGCUUAAAGACGAACGAUGCUGAUACUUUUGAUGGCUUCGAUACUUUGGGAGAUGCCGGCAACAUUCGCCCGUGCCGAGGCACUGAUUGAUGAUCGGGAAUGCCCCCCAGGCAGUGCGUGUGUACAUCCGCUGAGCUGUACGUCGGUCCCGCUGGAUUGGGCUGAUUUGCUGCCCAAACCCGAAUCAACGACGUCAAUAAUUUUCGAUCAACGGUACCCACGCUGUCGGACACGUACCCAGCUCGAGGGCAUCUGUUGCCGUCAAACGGAUGACGAGGAUUCCGGGCCGGCUUGCUGUCACCAGUUGCAUCGGUUGGUGACGACGGAACUGGCGGCAAGUGUGGAUCAUUUACGAUUGCGUCCAACCGAAAACAGCGUCAUCAAUCACGGUCGGAAAGAGCACGGCCACCGAAUGGGUGCGGAUUACGACCAAUUAUAUGGUGUGAACGUCACCACAAAAACACAUGUUCGCACCAAACGGUGCAUCAUCGGUCCGCGCUGUCAAGAUGAGCACAGUCGCUAUCGGCGUUUCGAUGGCCGCUGCAACAACAUUGGACCCGGACACAGUCUCUGGGGUUCCGCCGGUUAUCCGAUGAAACGUCUGCUUGCUCCAGCAUAUGGCGACCACGUUGGAUCACCGCGUAACACGUCCAUUACGGGUAAAGCUCUGCCGAGUGCUCGUCAAAUAUCUGCGUUGCUUUUUGAUGAUUUGAGCGUACCAGACAAACACUACAAUGUAUUGAUGAUGCAGUUCGGGCAAUUUCUAGUACAUGACAUCACAAAAAGCAAACCAGCUUCCGACAGUGUCGAAUGCUGCCAUAGAAGUAGUUCCGAUUCCAAUCCGGAUUGUAUGGCUAUUACAAUCUCUGCACACGAUCCAUUUUACUCGCAGUUUGGAGUGAAAUGUAUGAAUUUCAUACGAACGGCAGUUGUGCCAAAAGCACAAUGUCAAGCCGGACACUCCCGGCAAAUAUCAGCUGUUACACAUUUUAUUGAUGGUUCAGCAAUUUACGGAAGUUCCACCGCCGAGGCCAACCAUUUAAGAUCUCACAAGGGAGGUAGAUUGAAAUCAUUAAAACAUCCUCAGAUGUCCAACGAACUCCCACCUCUGGAAUCCGCAACCGGAGUUUGUUCAAGGAAUGCCGCUAUGUGCUUUAAAGUUGGAGACGACAGAGCAAAUCAAAUUGUCACAUUGGUUGCCCUUCACACGUUGUUUCUACGGGAACAUAACCGUAUUGCGAAAGCCCUAGAAGUUUUGAACCCACAUUGGAAUGAUGAAAUAAUUUUCCAAGAAUCGCGUCGAAUUGUUGGUGCCGAAAUUCAACAUAUCGUGUACAGCGAGUAUUUGCCGAAAAUCAUUGGUCCACAUUUCAUGACCAAGUUCGAAUUGCACACAUCUAAAGGACAUAAUGAUAGUUACAAUCCGAAGAUAAACCCGUCGAUAUCGAGUGAAUUUUCCAGUGCAGCUUUUCGUUUUGGUCACUCCACGGUUCCCGGAAAACUUGAAUUCCCUCAAGGACCCGUGGAUACACACAAGACCUUCUUCAAUCCAACAUCAUUACGAAAUCCUGCAUUCUACGAUCAUCUAUUCCAAGGCAUGUUGAGGCAACCGAUGCAAAAAUCGGAUGACAAAUUUACCAAUAGUUUGACGAAAUUUCUAAACUCGAAAGAGGGAAAACCGUUCGGAAAGGACCUCGCUUCGAUCAACAUUCAACGUGGGCGAGACCACGCGGUGCGACCUUACAAUCACUAUUUGCGUUUGAAAGGAAAUAAGAUGAAAACAAAUUUCACCGAUUUUGGACCUUCGGCUGGACCAAAGUUGCAUAAACUGUACAGUUCACCAAACGAUGUGGAUCUCUAUGUUGGUGGGAUCCUCGAACCUCCGGUACCAGGAGGCAUAGUGGGUCAAACAUUUGCCGAAAUCAUCGGCGAACAGUUCUCUCGACUAAAACACGGUGAUCGCUAUUUCUACAGUAACGGCCAUCGAUCGAAUCCAGGCCAUUUCUCCAAACUUCAACUGGAAGAGUUGCAGCGGGUGACCCUUGCCGGAAUACUCUGUGCAAAUGCAAACGAUCCGGCACACUUGAAAGUUCAAUUGGAAGCUUUCCAUUUACCGCAUCCUAUCAGCAAUCCGCAUGUGUUGUGUAACUCGGCUAAAGUGCCAAAGUUGAAUUUGAUAUUGUGGAAAACAUAGAAUCUAAUGUUUUCGUGUAUAAUGUGAUGUUGU